GGUUAUGUGUUAUUAUAUCUCAAGAAAUGUUUAUUUAGAUAUUUAAAGCUUCGUUGGUAUCAUUUGCAUGAUUUUAUAACAAAAUAAGUUAACUGAAUACAACACAUAAUGUUGCGAAACAUUACAAAAACUUCGAAUACUAUAGGAAAGCUGAAUCCUGCCAAAAUUAAGUUUCCAGAAAAGUUGAAAGGAACAAUACUCGAGAAAUGGGCCGAUUAUUGGAAAAAUUUAUUUAUUGAUUAUCGACAAAUGUUACAAGACCUAAGAAGUGAUAUACAAGAUCAACCCAGAAAAGCUUUUAUAUGGGCGACUGGUCUUACAACUUUAUAUGGCCUUGUUCGGAAUAACCCUAGCGAAGCAGAUUUUAGGGAUAACUUGAAAUGUAUUACCAACGACGUAAUUUUAGUGAGCGAGGAAUGUGUAAAUCCUAAAUCUAUAGAGCAUUUACGUUUUAUAGAAAGAUGUUACAAUGAAGGAGUGGUGCAUUAUAGAAAUUUUGGCAUAGCUUCAGUAAUAUAUAUUUCUGAAAUAAAUGAUGGAUGUGACAUAUACAAAUCGCAAUGCCAGUACCUAAAGCCUACAUUCUUUAGUUUUCCUUCAAGAGUUAUUGACAUAGGUAUGCUUGGAAGAUGGUGGAAUAUUUAUAUAAAAACUACAAAUUACGAUGUCAACAUAUAAUGUACCUCAUACUUGUAUAAUUAUGAAUGUGUAAAUUAACACUUGUUAAUAGUUUCAUUUGAUAGAUGUAAAUAAUAAAAAUUUACAGAAAUUUUAGAACUAUUUGUACUCAUA